AUGAGAAAAACACCAAGUUUACUUUCUUCCGGAUCAGAAAGUACCAUACUGGUUCCCCGUAUCUUGUCACUGAUCGGAGUAAGCCAUCAGACACAACCCAACACCACCUUCCUUUGUCACUUUCUCUCUUCCCAGGCGAAGAGAGCCACCACUGUCGACUGUGGUAGCUCCUCCACCUCCCCAUGUCAUUCCGACCAUAAGCUUGCACCUCACUGCCUGGUCUCUCGUCGAGCUCGCCUGAAAAGAAAGGAAACGAAGGCAGUGAAGCUGCCACUGCAGGUCCGUAACCAUCCACCGUUGUCAAAACCCAUUUCACCUCCAACCACCGCUUUGACUAUUGGAAUGCCUCCAUACCGGCAGCUACCACCUGAAACCACCUGGCGUUCCUUCCCUCUCGUCAAAACCUUCGGAACAGGAAAGCAAACGCAGGGAAGCUUCCAUCGCCGCCUACUGCCGCCAAACGUUGCCACAGGCCACCGCCAUCGUCAACCUCCGUCAUCAUCACCAUUCUCCGCCGAUUCUGCUAUCACCGGUAAUAUAAAUAGACCCGAUCAUUCGUUUUAAGGGCAUAAAACAUCACAGAACGAUAUUCACGACGGAUUCACUCUCGAACCCCGUUCACGCUUCAAGGGAGAUCAGUAAACCAGCGUUUAACAGAAGAUUUGUUCAUGGAUUCUCGGGCAAUCUAGUCUUAUUUAGUUUUUGUUAUGUUGACCUACUUGUUAAGGUGAAUUUAUGAACCUAUUAAUAUAUGUAUGAAACUUGUAUUUGAACUUUAAAUUUGAAUGUAACUGCUAUGUUAUUAUUGUUGUAACUUGUGAUGUAUAUUCAAUUUGCUUG